GUGUACGGGACUCCACCGCGACCAAAAAAAAGAACUCGUAACAUUUUUUCACUAACGUUACUACACACUUGUUUCUUUUUCCCUUGCCUACUCUUGUUGAAAUAUUUUCCCUCUCCGUACAGUUCGUUCAAAAGAAAAAAAAAAUUCAGCCUUUUUGGGGUUUUUUUUGCUUUUUCCAUUUUUCUCAAGUGUGAAAGACCCAGAUUUUCCUCGCUUAAUUUUCCCAGUGGUACUUAGUUGUCCUCCAAAAAAAUUUACUGAACUUGUGUUUUUCAGACAAGGCAAUAGCAGUGUCGUCCUUUUCCAUCCUAUGCCAAGUUCAAGAUUUCAAUAGUGUUUUUCUUUUUAAGACCUUUGAUACCCUUUUCGAGUUGAUUCAAGCUUCAUUUUUACGUUUUUUUUUUUUGGCUUUUUUUUGUUCAACUUUAUUCUGGGUCGAUGCUUAUUGGUAGAAUCUGAGUCCACAGAAAGAGAAAAAAAAAGAAUGGAGCAUAGUAUCCUAUGUCCGAUCAAAUAUACAGAGCACAAAAACUUGACUCGGAAAUUUCGAAAACCGGCGGUGAAAUCGAAGAAGGUGAGUUCCGAUUACGACCGUACAUACGGUGGGGAAGGUGGUGAUGUACGGAGGAUAGUUCGGGUUUCCGUUACUGAUCCUGACGCGACAGAUUCUUCUAGUGAUGAGGAUGCUGAUUUCUUUGGUCGACAGAGAGUGAAGCGUUAUGUCAAUGAGAUUAAUAUCGAAGUCGUCGCCGCGGCGGCUACUACUACGAGCGGUGCUGUUAACGGUAACCGGAAAAGGACGGCUGCUGAAGCUGCGACGGGGUGUCGGAGACCGGUUAAGCUCUCUUCGACUAACGGGAGUGGGAGGAAGUUUAGGGGUGUACGGCAGAGACCGUGGGGGAAAUGGGCGGCGGAGAUUCGUGAUCCUGCUCGACGUGUACGCCUGUGGUUGGGGACUUAUGAUACUGCGGAAGAAGCGGCUAUGGUUUAUGAUAAUGCAGCGAUCAAACUCCGAGGUCCCGAUGCUUUGACCAACUUCGUUACCCCUCCGGCCAAAGAAAACAACGAGAAACCCGAAAACCUUAACGUCAGUUCGGUUUCCGGGUACGAGUCCGGUGAUGAGUCUGCUCACAAUCUUUCUUCCCCAACUUCAGUUCUCAACUUCCGAACUCAAUCAAGUGAAGAAACGGCGGUGGAACCCAAAAAACAGCCCCACGAAUCCCAAGAAGAAGAGAGUAAACCGCUGCCGCUUAAGGAGGAGGAGCAUCUGGUUCCAACCGAAAGUCAAGGCGAAACCGAAACGAACUUGCCCGACAUUUCAAUGUACGAUUUGCCGCUCGAUUUUCCUUCGGUCGACGAGUUUUUCAACACCUCGGUGUCGGGAUUAUCGGUUUUCGAUGAUACCGACAUGGUUUUACCAGACAGUAGUGUUUUCAGUGAUGGUUUUGGUGAUUUAUUAGUUCAUAGUCCUCCGGAUUUUGGCUGCUCCUCAUCGUCCACUAUUUGUCAAGUCGACGAUUAUUUCGAAGAUAUCGACGAUUUGUUCUUUUCAGAUCCUUUAGUUGCAUUAUGAAAAGAGGCUAAUGUCGUCGCCGUUUGCUUGCUGAUUUUCCGGCAGAUUUUGGAUCGGCGACGACCAUAGUUUUUUUGUUUUAACGUUAAGUACUUAGUAUUUGUUUAAUUAAUAUCUCCGUUGAAAUAAACGGAGAUUUGAGUGGAGUUUUGCUGAGAUUUUUUCUUCUUUUUAAUUUUAAAUAAUUAGAUAAGACUGUUGUGAAAGAGUGUACUUAUAAUUUUCAGGAGAAAAUAAAAAAAAAUGUUUAAAAGA